AGGCCUGUUUAAAACAGGAAGCCAUGUUGCUCCCCACCUUACUAAUGCCUGUGAAUCAGAUGGUAUCUCUGUCCCAUAAGUGGAGAGACCUAAGCCAUAUCACUGGACGCUUAAAGACUGUACAAAAUUAACAGGGAAAAGCAAAAUGACAGCCCCAAUAGAUGAGACUGAGACUGAAGUUGAGGUCUUUGGGACCACACCCUACGACUACAGAGGGUUAUGGCCAUGUGAAAAAGUCAAUAUCAAGGAUCUGGGGGCCCAGUUGCUGCCCCCGCUGUAUUCCCUGGUGUUCAUUGUUGGCCUGUUGGGCAAUGUGGUGGUGGUGCUGAUCCUCACAAAAUAUGGGAGGCUCAGAAUUAUGACCAACAUCUACCUGCUCAACUUGGCGAUUUCUGACUUGCUCUUUCUAGUCACUCUUCCAUUCUGGAUUCACUAUGUUGGAUGGAACAAGUGGGUUUUUGGCCAUUACAUGUGUAAGUUCCUCUCAGGAUUUUAUCACAUAGGCUUGUACAGUGAGAUCUUUUUCAUCGUCCUGCUGACGAUCGACAGGUACCUGGCCAUUGUCCAUGCUGUGUUUUCCCUGCGGGUCCGGACUGUCACCUUUGGUAUCAUAACCAGUAUCUUCACCUGGGUCCUGGCAGGGCUAGCGGCCCUCCCUGAAUUUAUCUUCCGUGAGUUCCAAGAGGAGGAUGAACACUCUGUCUGCAGUCCUUAUUACCCAGAGGAUGAAGAAGAUACCUGGAAGCGUUUCCAUGCUCUGAGAAUGAGUAUCUUGGGUCUUGCUGUCCCUCUACUCAUUAUGGCUAUCUGCUACUCAGGAAUCAUUAAAACGCUGCUGAGAUGCCCUAGUAGAAAAAAGUACAAGGCCAUCCGGCUCAUUUUUGUCAUCAUGGUGGUCUUUUUCAUUUUCUGGACACCCUACAACCUGGUUCUCCUUCUUUCUACUUUUCAAGUGACCCUCCCUGAGAACAACUGUGAGCAGAGCAAACAUCUGGACCUGGCCAUGGCAGUGACAGAAGUAAUCGCCUACACACACUGCUGCAUCAACCCCAUCAUCUACGCCUUUGUUGGUGAGAGAUUCCGGAAACACCUACAUCACCUUUUCCACAGGCAUGUGGGCAUCUACCUGAGCAAAUACCUUCCAUUCCUUCCUAGAGAAACACUGGAAAGGGCCAGCUCUAUCUCCCCAUCAACAGGGGAGCAGAAACUACUCUCUGUAGAAUUUUAGGUCAGUUACAGAAAAUUGCCUAAAGAAGAUGGACUGGGCAGGUGGAGCAAAAGACGUUAAGUCAACCACAUUGACCUCCAGGCCAAUCCUUUGGACUUCCAGCACAACACUGAGGUUCUUGAAGCCAUUAGAAUAUAUAAACAAUGGUGGUGGCAUGUCCGUGCACCCCAGAGGUCAAGGGCUGGGCAGUUUACUUAUCAUCAACCCUGAAAAGCAGAGCUUUGCUUGAUUCUCUGAAGAGUUAAAUAAAUUUUAAUGCAAUUGUAUGUCAGAUAGUCACUAUACACAGCUACGCAAAGGUACAUUUUUUAAUAUUUUAAACUUUAACUUCAGUCAGCUAUUGAUAUAAAUGAAACCUAUUUCACAAAAUACAAUAAAUCAAUUACUUUAUUU